AUGGGAAACUGCUGCCGCUCGCCGGCCGCCGCGGCGCGGGAAGACGUCAAGUCGUCGCACUUCCCGGCCUCCGCCGGCGGCGGGAAGAAGAAGCCCCACCAGGCGCGGAACGGCGCCGGGGGCGGGGGCGGGGGCGGCGCCGGGGAGAAGAAGCGGCUGUCGGUGCUCGGGGAGGAGGGGUGCGACGUGGGCGCCGGGAUCGAAGAGAAGUACGCGCUGGACCGGGAGGUCGGGCGCGGCGAGUUCGGGGUGACGUACCUGUGCAUGGACCGGGGCACGCGGGAGCUGCUGGCCUGCAAGUCCAUCUCCAAGCGGAAGCUGCGGACGCCCGUGGACGUGGAGGACGUGCGGCGGGAGGUGGCCAUCAUGCGGCACCUGCCCAAGAGCGCCAGCAUCGUGUCCCUGCGGGAGGCGUGCGAGGACGACGGCGCCGUGCACCUCGUCAUGGAGCUCUGCGAGGGCGGGGAGCUGUUCGACCGCAUCGUCGCCAGGGGCCACUACACGGAACGCGCGGCGGCCGCGGUCACGCGCACCAUCGUCGAGGUCGUGCAGCUCUGCCACCGCCACGGCGUGAUCCACCGGGACCUCAAGCCCGAGAACUUCCUCUUCGCCAACAAGAAGGAGAACUCGCCGCUCAAGGCCAUCGACUUCGGCCUCUCCAUCUUCUUCAAGCCCGGCGAAAAGUUUUCGGAAAUUGUGGGAAGUCCAUACUACAUGGCUCCUGAAGUCUUGAAGAGGAACUAUGGACCUGAAAUAGACAUAUGGAGCGCUGGUGUUAUCUUGUAUAUUUUGUUAUGUGGUGUUCCUCCGUUUUGGGCUGAUAAUGCUAAAGAUCUUAUCCGGCAGAUGCUUCAACCUGAUCCAAAGCUCAGGCUAACAGCAAAGCAAGUUCUUGAGCAUCCCUGGCUUCAAAAUGCUAAGAAAGCUCCAAAGCGUUCCUCUUGGAGACAUUGUAAAGUCAAGGCUGAAACAGUUUUCAAGGAUGAACAGAUUCAAAGAAGAGCUCUAAGGGUUGAAACCUUUCUUUGUCAUCUAGUUAUUGCUGAUCACUUGUCGGCUGAAGAGGUUGAGGACAUAAAGGAGAUGUUCAAGGUGAUGGAUACUGAUAAUGAUGGUAUAGUUUCUUAUGAAGAGUUAAAGAGUGGGAUCGCAAAAUUUGGUUCUCAUCUUGCAGAAUCAGAAGUGCAAAUGCUUAUCGAAGCUGUGGAUACAAAUGGUAGAGGCGCACUAGAUUAUGGUGAAUUUUGGCUGUCUCACUUCAUUUACAAAGGAUGGCAAAUGAUGAGCACCUUCGGCGGGCCUUCCUAUUUUUCGACAAGGAUGGCAAUGGUUUCAUUGAGCCUGAGGAGCUUCAGGAAGCCCUGA